AUGACUACAAAAGAGGAAGGGAAUAUACUUACAGUCCACGACAGGUUCGACCACCCGCUGAGUCGUACCUUUGAAUCGCCGCCAAAGCACAACGGUUCUCGUGAAGUCAAUCCGUCACCGCACCACGCGCAAUCCGAGCCUAGCGGCUGCCGCACGUCGCCGAUUCGCCGAGCCGCCGCCGGGCCGCCACCUCUGGCCGCCGACGACGGUUGUCGGGAGCUGUGCGCGAGGGCGUGGAGAAGAGGAAGGGAAUUCGAGAAUUUGAGGAAGGAAAAAGAAGAAUUUGGGAAGAGGAGAAUUGGGGAUCUGACUGUGGAGAAGAAGAAAAAAAAAGAACAGAGAACAGCUCCAUCGACGAGAGUGAUUCAACUGAAAAAUGCACAAAAUCCCAAUUUUCGACGGCGCGGGAAAGAUGAAGUACGAUGA